AUGGGUGAAGCAAUCCCUCCGGAAAGUGUAACAUACGGCAUCAAGGGCCUUCCGCGGCCACCGAAUGCCAUGAGAUACCCCGGAGAAAUUCCCUACGUGAGGGGUCUUCCAGUGCGCAAGGAGAUAUCGUCUCUUGCCAACUCAGAUGACCCAAAAGAGAGAAAGCAGUGGACGCUAUUCGUGCUCGCCUUGGAACACUUCAAGUCGAUACCUGUUGACGAUAAGCUCUCCUACUUCCAGAUUGCCGGAAUCCAUGGGUAUCCCGAAGUUGCCUGGGACGGAGCGCCGGAGCCAAAACACGCCCCGGACAAGAAGACAAAACAAGCCGGCGAUCAGCCUUUCGGUGGAUACUGUAACCACAACAGCCUGAACUUUCCUGCAUGGCACAGACCUUAUAUGCUUCUCUUCGAGCAACGUAUCUGGGAGAACAUGAAUCUAAUCAUCAAUAACUGGAUGAGCGAGUAUGGAUUGCCAAUCUCCGAGGAGGAGGAGUGGUACACAGCAGCAAAGCGCUGGCGGAUGCCAUACUGGGACUGGGCUAGGCAGCAAAGGUACCAUGAAGACUUGGUCUGCCCCUCAGUUCUCACGCAAGGAGCCGUCCGAAUCUACCCACCUACUACGAUAAAGAACCAAUUUCCGCGAAGCGGUCUCUAUCCCAACCCGCUGGUGGGUUUCGAGAACCCAGAAAAGGACCCAAAGACAGGGAAGCCGUUUUCCUUCGGUAGCAUGCCAGAACCCAAGGCUAAAUGGAAUAUCCAUGACAACCCGAUAGUUCACGACGAACCUCCACUGAGGAAGGACUGUGACUGGGCUCCAUGGAGCAAGACAUCUGCAACUAGCCGAUAUGGGAUAUUUAAGGGAGAAGAAGAUGAGAAGGAUCCCGCGAGAUACUUCAGAGGCCUUGAAGGGGUAAAUAACUGCUGGAAAUCUAACGCCAGCCUUGCAAGAGUCCACGAGAAUGGACCUGACGGCAAGCCUAGAUGGAGCACAAUGGAGCAACAUUCGAAAGACUAUACAUGGAACCCCGGAAGCCUAUCAGAUGCAGUCAAUAGCAUGUUUUCCAAGGGCUAUAACUCGAAUUGGGGACAGUUUGCUUCGACAAAGUGGAUAGCGGAAGGCAGAGGAUGUCCAAAAACAGGAUAUAUCUCUCUGGAGUAUAUCCACAACAACAUACAUAACUUGGCAGGAGGAAGUGACUAUGCUACCGGCAUGGGGCACAUGAGCGACGUGCCAGUAGCAGCGUUUGAUCCCAUCUUUUGGCUUCACCACGUACAGAUAGACCACUUGUUGGCUAUAUGGCAAUGUCUCAACCCAAAGCUCUGGUUUGACGACGAGCCAUCAUGCGAACUUACCACCGCAGGUAUGACAGCUUCCAGUGUCACCGACGACAAAGAGACGGACCCUCUUGAACCGUUUCACAGGAAAGACAACGAUCCUGAAAAAGAAGUCUGGACUGCACAGGCUUGUCGAGAUUGGACAGACCUGAACUAUCAGUAUGAUGACCUUGCGGAGGUAACUGAAAGAACGAUACGAAAGCAUGGAAGCUUCAUACCCGGGGAAUUCCAGCGAGAGCUUCGAUCGCAUAUCGACACGAUAUACCCAGGUACAGGACAUCUCAUUGAACCGAUGGCCGGGUAUAGUAUCAUUCUCAACGGAAUAGAACCACGUCAAAGUCGAACAGGGUCUUGGAAAGACUACAUCGUCAAUGUUGUGUAUGACCGAUACGCCCUGGACGGUCUGUCCUACACAAUCCAGUUUUUCAUGGGUGGACCACCAGCCAAAGACACGACGACUUUCGAAAAGCACAACUACAUCGGCCAUGUGUACUCUUUUGGUGGUAGACAGAGCACAUUCGAAGGCUCUUGUAGGAACUGCAAGAGACAAGCUGCAGCACAGGUCCUCUCAUGUGCUCAGGUCCCUCUGACGAUCCAUCUCCUUCAUCAUAUGAGAGACAACAUUCCCGAUCACUCUCUCAAGGACUUUUGUGAGAUUGAGGAGUAUCUGAGACUUCAUCUUCGGUGGAGAGUCGUCAAGUAUGGCGGUGAAGUUAUACCAGAAGAAGCAUUCAAGAACUUCUCAAAGCUCCAAAUAUCGGUAUUGCGCGGUACUGGCCGAAUCAAGGCGGGCAAUGCACAAAGUGGAGGUUCAGUGUCUUCUUUGUACAGCGACUAUGUUCCAUUGCCAGACAUCACGGAGGGGAAACCCGGUGGCUUGCUGCGCGACCAAGCCUCCGAGAACAGCGAGCCACUCAUUCCCCAGAACAAGCGCGCUGUGCAACAACUUCCGAAGCGGUUCCCCGAAGCGGAGUAA